CUCUCUCUCUCUCUCUCUCUCGUAAUCUAUUUACAUUUCAUCCAAAAACGCAGUAAUGAGCUCACCAAUUACCUUCCUAGUUAAUUAUCGCUCUAACUAGCUUCCGGCGAUUACCUGUGAUGCUUAAUUAACAGGUAUGCAAGAGAGAUAAAUUAAAAUCCCCGUGAUACCUUAAGAGAAAUUAAAAUAGAUAAAAAAAAGUCGCCCUAAUUGAAUAUAUAAUUAUUCUAAGGAUUUAACGCCAAGUUACGAUAUCUUUUAAUAUAUUUUAAUAUUAAGUAACUUUUUCUGCAAUGUUGCCAUUUAUAAUCUCAAGUCAUUGUCAUAAUAUUAAACAAAUGGUGUUUUUGGCAACGUCGCUCGCUAAGGUAACAGGUAAAUAUAUAGGUAGUCUAUUUAUUAAAGUUUGAGUUUAUCGUGUUAACCUUUACUAUCUCCUGUUCAAUCCCACUUGUAAUUGCCAACUCGUAUUUGUGAUGAAUGGUAAUAUUUAUACAGUGGCGACAUGCACCACUGUCAGUAUGCAUUAGUAAGAUCUCGGAGGUUAAUACCCGUCCCGCCUCGUAUUGCAUAUUUAUACCGAAAACUCGAUGUACCUUAUAAACUGUCUGCUGACGCCACCCUGCAGCCAUAUUUGAACGCCAACUCUGUAUCUAACCCUGAACAUUUAUUUUUCCAUAGUUUAUAAGCACGCAUAGGCGAUAAACUCCCGAAAUGCUUACUUCAUGAUGUCAGGCUUAAAUGAGAUACACAAUUUACUAGUAAACAGCAAGAGAGUAGUACCAAGAUGGCGGCUGAAGAGCCUCAAAUUGGGUUUUGAUUGAUAACACCGGUAAAAGUCAAAUCUCGACAGGAGGACCAUUACGCAAACUCCGAGUAAAUAGAGCAAAAUGAACCAAACACAAAGAAAACACAUAACACAACCCCCUGCACUGAACCCUUGCCCUCAUCCCCUAUACGAUCGAAUAUCAAUAACGCCAGACGAUGACACAGAGCAGCCAGCGUCCCCUUGCAAAUAAACACGAAUGACGGUACAAAGCAAUCGAUAUAACGCGAGACAUGGCCAGGGUACAGCAGACACGCGGUCCUUGCCUGUCUGACACCCUCGCCGGAUGCCGAGGACAGAAGGACACGCCCCUAUAACACUUAAUUGUCAAGCUGCCUCAGUCCUCAGAAACACGCCGACAGCUGGAGCCUGAAAAAUGGCUCGAGGGACUGUCCACUUUAUAUCGAAUUUUACACUCAGUUUUUAAUGUUAUACGGUUGACGUUCUGCAAACAGCACUGCACUAGCCAUGAACAGUAUUCUUAUAUCUGCAUUGUAGUAUUUAGUCUUUUUGUUAUGACAACUAAAACCUCCCAGGUAACUCAACAUCUCACCAAGACUAUGAUAGAAAAACCUUUCAACCUCUCAGGAAUUUAAAACUACAAAAGUCCAACCCAUAAAACAAUCAUACUUCUUAUACUGCCCUCUUAUAAUAUCACAAUGGAACCCUCUGCUAUCAAGCUCCUCAUCGACCUCCAGCAUGAGGCUUAUAGAAAAUCCCUGGAGACAUUCGUGAACCAGGUGACAACUCGUGUUGACUCCCUUCAAGCUACAGUGGUGGAGCAAGCAAGAGCAAUUGACUUCACCCGGUCUGAGCUUGGGGAGAUCAAGUCUUUAUUCAAGGUGCUUCUGGCAGGAUGCUGUGGUGCUGAAGGAAGAGGAAAUGUGCGGCAGAGACUUAGUGCAUGGGGUACAGAUAACAGAGAUGAAGUGGAGGCAUGGGAUGGAGAUGGAAGAGGUUGUAUGAAUGGCUGGGAUGGUGGUGAUAGACGUGGAUUUGAAAGACGUGGUAAUCGUAAACAGAGAAGCAGUGUGGGCGUGAGCUAUGCCCCUGAGCCCAGUCGUGAGGAAGCAACUCUGUGUGUGGAUGGCUUGGCAGAAGAAGAGAUGGAAACAGAUGAUGAGCUAUCCAACCGGCUGUCUGGCAUGCUCCGUGAGAAACUGGGCUUAUCUGAAAUCCACCUUCGUUACUGUCGCCGCAUGGGACAGGCAGAUGAAAACCAUCCACGGACUAUUGUAGCAAGAUUCUGCCAACCAAAGGACAGGGAUGCAAUACUAGGACGUGCUGGGGACCUUGAAGGAUCUGGCCUGACCUUAUACAGAGCCUGGCACUCCACCCAGCCAGCACACCCACAUCAGAGAGCCGGAGAGCAAGUAGUGACUACACUCCGCAGGAAACGUGGGCCACGUACAAGACACAAGGGACAAUCAAGUGCCAAGUUUGCCGCUCUAGGUCACAUCACACCUUUGGAAUCCAUGCAUGACCUCAAUGGCUCUGCAGCAUCUUUACCAACGUCAGACUCCACAGCAUCAUUUCUGGACCUGGAUGGCUACACUGAGGAGGAGGAUGAGGAGUUCUUAGCUGGUCCAGAUACGGGUGUGGGGCGCCAAGUGGUGUCCCUACACAUUGGACAGGCUGGCGUGCAAGUUGGCAGGGCAUGCUGGGAACUAUACUGCCUUGAACAUGGAAUCUUCCCUGAUGGAGUUCCUUACCCAACCAUUGAUGAAUCCUCUCUAGACCCAUUCUUCUCUGAGACAAGCAGUGGCAAGAUGGUUCCCCGCUCACUCUUUAUUGACCUUGAGCCAUCAGUUGUGGAUGAGAUUCAUCAUGGCACACACAAAGAACUCUUCCACUCGUCCAGCUUCAUCACUCACAUGGAAGACGCUGCCAACAACUUUGCUCGUGGCCGCUACACUGUGGGCAAGGCUGUGAUCACCAAAGUGUUAGAUGGUAUCAGGAAACAGGUGGAGGCCUGCUCUGGCCUACAGGGUUUUACCGUCACACACUCCUUGGGUGGUGGUACAGGCUCUGGCUUCAUGACUUUACUGCUGGAGAAGCUAACUCAGGAAUACUGCAGCACCGGGUUACUGCGUUUCUGCAUCUUCCCUUCACCUCGCAUGUCAACAGCUGUGGUGGAGCCUUACAACACUGUCCUCCAUGCAGCCACCACCAUGGACUAUGAACAUUGUGUCUUUGUGUCUGAUAACGAGGCAACAUAUAAGUUAUGCGUGGAAAACCUAGGAAUGACACGGCCUAAUUACCGUAAUCUGAACCAACUAGUAGCACAGGUCAUUUCAUCAUCCACAGCCUCCCUGCGUUUUGAUGGUGCACUAAAUGUUGAUCUCAGGGACUUCAACACGAAUCUUGUUCCUCUGAGGCGCCUCCACUUCCCAGUCAUGGCAUUUGCACCAAUCAUUUCCCCUGAAGCAGCAGCAUGUGAUCAAAGAACAGUGGCAGACAUGACAACAUCCUGCUUUGAGCCCAAGAUGCAGAUGGCCACAUGUGAUCCGACAAAUGGCAAGUACAUGUCCUGCUGCCUCUUGUAUCGUGGUGACGUGACUCCAAAUGACGUCCAGCGUGCCAUAUCGGCCAUUAAACUCAUGAAGACCGUCCAGUUUGUUGAGUGGUGCCCAACUGGCUUCAAACUUGGGAUAAAUGGAGGACGCCCCACACUAUACCCCAGCAAGGGAGGAACUAAGUUAACACGAGCUGUGUGUAUGCUUGCCAACACUACUGCUUUCAAGGAUACAUGGAGAGGACUGACCCACAAGUUUGAUCUCAUGUAUAGCAAGAGGGCUUUCGUUCACUGGUACACUGGGGAGGGUCUUGAGGAAUGUGAGUUGGCAGAUGCACAGGAUACCAUAGCACAGAUGAUUAGGGAUUAUGAGGAGGUAGAGAGAGAUGGGAAGGAAGUAGAAGUGGAGGAGUUUUAAAGUAUAUACAUAUGUGUGGUAUGCAAGAGAGAGAGAGAGAGAGAGAGAGAGAGAGAGAGAGAGAGAGAGAGAGAGAGAGAGAGAGAGAGAGAGAGAGAGAGAGAGAGAGAGAGAGAGAGAGAGAGAGAGAGAGAGAGAGAGAGAGAUUUAUGAUGACUUUUGAAUAUAUAUAUAUAAGGGCGUGAAAUGGAGAACAAGAUAUUCCUAUUUUUAAAAAAGUCAAUGGACAUUAAAGUUAACAGGUAAUGUGUUAGAAGCUGUACAGUCUACUGUUAAAAAUACUAACAGUAAGUGUUUAAACAGCUAAAUGCCAUAUUCUCUAAUAUCUAGUAGCAAUGAAUAAUGAAUGUGUAAUUAAAAUGCUUUAUAAGGUUCCCACAAUUAAUCAUGAAUACAUAGCAUUUUUGGGACAAUUCUUCAAAUUCGAUGUUCAUCUAAACAAGAAAUCAACAGAAGGUAUAAGGAGGGUUUAUUCUGUGUACCAUAUUCAACAAAAUGAUCUAUUUUCUCUUUUAAAUUUAAAGAUAAUAUAAGUGUUUGUAAGUCAAGCCUCUUUGUAUGUAUUUCUAACCCAAUCUCUUGAAUCUCUCAAAUAAUUGUUGUAACAACUUUUUGUGGGAAAAGUAGCUAAUUAAGAAUCUAAAUGUUGAGGCAAAUAAGUCCACUAAAUCUGGGUAACUGAUCUCCAAGUAUUAUACAUACAAAUUAUGGUCACUCUGUAUUUCCUAUUUUACAACUUCAUAAUUAAAAACAAAACUAACUGUGAUGUCACUAGUUUCUAGCUAAUCUGCCAGUCAGUGCAUAAGAUGAGGAGGUUAAGGUGUAGAUAAUGAGCUGCAAAUGUUAUGCAUGUGGCCUUUACUUCUUCCCUCUUCAUCUGAUUCACAUUCCAUGAAUGAAUGUUUGCAGGCUCAACAGCACAUCUAGCACUGAGCACAGAGUGAGACUAAGUGACAUGGAAGUGACUGCUGGUGGCCUGAGCCUUUUCUAACUUUUAUAACAUAACACAAACCUUGUUCAACUUUUAUAACUGAACACUGACUUAUGGAACAUCCUUACAUCCAUUUUGCUAAGACAAUCUCAAAGGAACAACACAAAGAGUCAAGGUCUUGAAAUGCAUCUUUACAUGUCUUCAAGGUUUGAAAUAAAAGAGUAUUAAUAUUCAUGGUUAAAGAACGUUGAACAUAUGUUGUAUAAUCAUCUCUUCACCAUGUUUGAUAAUGUAACUAGAUAUAUUCAAGUGUAUAACAUUAAGGUCUAAGUGUUGCUUGUUGAACACAUGCCUACAGCUUUGGUGCCAGGUGUAUGCAGGAUAGUCAUGAUCAAAGUCAGAUAAUGUGCUGCACUCUUUUCCACAUGUAUAACAUUUUCCAUCAAUCUCAAGUCCUCUGUUUUACUGACAAUCUCCAGACAGAAUCUAAUGACUGACAGAUUCCUCCAUCAAUUUCAAAUCCACUGAUCUGAAAUAUGACAAAAUUCUAGUAGAUAAGAAGGCUUUAAGACUGACAGAAAACAUUAAACACAAUGGAAAUUAGUGUGGCAACUUAGUCAACUACUUAUACUGACUAUGUCCAUAUGAAUGUAGGCACACAUAUAAUGGCAUGACUUCAUUGCUUCAUAUUUGGGGGGUAUUGUUAUUGUCCUUCCAUUGUGAAAAGUGUGAAACUCAAGUGACUUCCAGUGAUCUCUCUCCUGGUGUUAUUCAAUUUUUAUCUGACACUGCUUAAGGUAUUUUGCUAAUUCCAUAGUUGACACAGUUUACCAUCAAAGUUUUGUAUAAAUAAUCUGUAUUUUUAGUAAUGACCUUCACAUGCACACCACAAGAUUUGAUAAAGUGUGACUAUGCUGAUGAUGAUGAUGCCUUUUUUGCUAAAUACAAAUGUUAUGACA